CUUGUUCGCAUGGAGGCUUACGGAGCAGGUUGCUGCAAUAAGUGAGCUGGAGGUGUCUCGACGCAACACCGAGCAGCUGAUACCGGCUCUGAAGGCGAUGGGGAUAGACCCAGCAAAAGAACAAAACCUCAGAAGGGACAACAAAAAGGGCCACAAAGACCCACGUCUGUCACCCAAUUUGGCAGCUCUGUGGAGCGCUACCCCCUUUGUCUAUGCACAUCCCCUGCCCAACGCUGUCCUCGUCUCGCCCCAUACGACCAUUGGGUUCAGGUCGCAGGAUGGCAUGAAGGAGGAUACCAUUUAUGACAAGAUUGAAGUGAACGGGGAGGUGUCGGGAGACCACUCGACCGGAGAGACGCUUCUGCUUGAUGAUGGACGCACUGUGCUCUUCAAGCCGGUGGACACAUUCACUCCUGGAGAAAGGGUGCUUGUGAGCGUUAAGGCUGGUAUGGAGACGACGGAGGGAAGCACCCUGCCUUCCGCUGCAUGGAAUUUCACAAUGUCUUGGAGGAAGCUGGACACUUACAGCGCAUACAAGGCAGCGCAGCCCCAAGUGGACGAAGAACAUACGGACUCCCUCACUCUCGGGUUGCUUAAGAAGAUCCAGGACAUUUAUUGGCUGGAUGGCAUUUCGAAGAAUGAGACAUGGGACGAGGAAACACGGACUGAUGGCUCAUGCAAUGACGCGUCCAAUUGUGAUGAUGUCGAUACGUUUGCUGCCCCUAACCCUGCUUAUUGCACUCUUUCAGAAGGGUACCCUCGAAUGCGUGUGACUCAGAUGGGCGACAUAUCCACGCUUGCACCUGGGUACGUGUUCAUAUCGAGUGGUACGGACACCGAUAAUUCGAGAGGUAUGGAGAUUAUAAUGACGUCAGAGGGCGAUCCCGUCUUCCACGCAGAGAAGGGGUCCGCACUCUUCUCACCAACGCCUGAGGGGCAGCAGCUUUUCACAAGGGAAGGCCCGCGUAUCCGUCUUGUGGGACCUGAUUACAGGGAGACAGCUUCAUUCUCAGCGCAGCACGGACAGGUCAUCAAUGGGCACGAGUUUCAAGUGGCGAAGAAUGGCAACGGCUUACUCUUCGCGUGAGUAGUGUCUUAACUUGGGAUGAUGAUGUUUUCGUAGUGUUUUAUUGGCUCUCAGAUAUGACGUGCAGCCGCUGGACACGACGAAGAUUCGUUCGAACUUAGAGAACGGCGGCAAGAAAGUAUGGGCCAUAGGUGUCGUCAUACAGGAGGUCACAUCACAAGGUAAACAGAGAAGCAUGUAGUUGUAUGCGUUAAGUCUCGUCGUAUGCUUCUGAUUCGCAUGAGAUACUUCUUAUGGACGCGAGAGUAGUGUAUAUAAGAAAUUUAAAUAAGUUUUCUCGGUAUAUAUGCUCCUUUGUCUCCAUAGGUCACGUCUUGUUUGAGUGGCGAAGUUGGGAUCACACACCGAGGAUCUUCUGGGAGACCCCGUACAUUGUCAUAAGACACUCGGGAGGCAGACUCUGGGAUCUAGGACGUAGGCCUGGGAACAUGUAUGUGGUUGUGCCUGCGUUUGUGAAUGCCUGUGGCUGUAAUUGUGUGUAUCCCUCAGACGCUAAUUCUUUGGAGGAGACAGAUGACAAUGGUGUCAUACUCUCUCUGCGAGCGCUCUCACAGGCAAUUAAGAUCAACCGGUACGUCAGUGUGCACCACACGUACACCGAUCGGAUCCAUCAUGCGCUUUCGAUUAUACAGCGACACCGGAAAAAUUGAGUGGCGUCUUGGCGGCGAAAGUGGGGACUUUGAAAUUGUGGACGAUCCCCACGGCAGAUUCAUAGGCCAACACGACAUAAGGGCUCCCGGUGGCAAUCGGAUCACUGUGUUUGACAAUGCUCGUCUGAGACCUAUUUUAGUCCCCGUCAACUACCCCUCUUACAACAGCUCCCGUGCUGUUGACUACCAGCUUGAAUUUGACCGUCAGGGGCGUCCAACCGUGGCAACGUUAGUGAACGAGUAUGAAACAGGCGUAAAGUCAAUUGCAUGGGGCAGCUACCGGCUUUUGCCGAAUGGCAAUCGAGUCAUCGGCACAGGUUUGGCGCUUGAGCAAAAUCCCACAUACAUCGAGGUAACAAAGAAUGUGAAAAGGCGAGACGACAACAUCGUAUUAGACGCUUCCUUUGGCAAUUCUCGCUCAGAUCAACGGGAAGAGCGACGCUCUGCUGACAAUUCACUCAUCACACUGUGUAUAUCGCGCCAUAAAGGCAGACUGGCGCGGGCUUCCCUCUUGGAAGCCCACAGCUCUCCUGGACAACAACAAUCCAGACAAGAUCGUUCGCUUGCACUUCAGCUGGAACGGGGCUACUGAAGUAAGCAAGUGGCGGAUACUGAUCGGAGACACAGACAAGCCAACAGAGGUGCUGGAAGAGGUGCCAAGGACACAGUUUGAACACUGGGUUGAGGUCCCUGAUUCAGCAAUUGAGAAGUGUACGUACCUUCAAGCUGUGGCAAUUGACGCAAAGGGGAGAAAGCUGAAUCGGUCAGCGGUCGUUGCAUCACCGGCCUGCACAAGUGAAUAAUAUUUUGGGUGUGUGGAUGCGACGUGUACAUGCGUCACUGGGAUGGUCACGUUGCUUGCGCAGUUGAAGCAGACCAUG